AUGAAGGUGGAGGAGGAGGAAAGACGCUCUCCACACGAUCAUGGGGAUCCGUGUGUUCCCGAAAGCUUCUUUGAUCGCGUAACUCUUGCGUUGCGCGACGACUUCGAGCAUGAGCGGGACAGGCGUCUCCAAAUGGCGGACACUGUCUCGAAGCAUCGAGCUGAGUUUGCCUUUGCUCAACUUGAGAACGAGAGAUCUCUGACAUCUCUUCGUGACGAGAUAAGGGUAGCUCGUGGGAUUGUUGAUCGGUCUCGGGAUGAGAUAGCUGCUCUUCAGACCCUUGUCGAUAUCCACCAUCGGGAGCACAAGGCUCUCUGCGAGAUGCUUGAGCGCAAGGGCGUUCUUCAUCGGAAGAAGCAGCGUACUGAUGGUACGGCUUAA